AAUGAUUCAGGUUAAUCUGGUCAGUCCAGUUUUGUAAACGGGUUUGUCCCUGUAAUUCCAGGUUAUCCCCACGGUCACCCUGACUGCGCCAACUACGAUGAGGAUAUUCAACAUCUGAAGGAGAAGGUGGACGCAGGCGCAGAUUUCAUCAUCACGCAGCUGUUCUUCGAGGCCUCAACUUUCAUCAAGUUCUACCAUGACUGCAGGAGGAUUGGGAUUACUGUUCCCAUCAUGCCAGGAAUACUUCCCAUUCAGGGCUACAGGAGUCUGCACAAUCUGACAAAGCUAUCGAAACUGGAGGUUCCUCGAAACAUCAUGGACGCCAUCUUACCCAUCAAAGACGACGACGCCGCGAUCCAAAAGUUUGGCAUCAGUUUUGCGGUCAACGUGUGCAAAGAGCUACUCAACUCUGGACUGGUGAGAUGUUAUUUUCUCUAUUUCUUCACUUAUUUUACCUCUCUCUCUGUCUCUCCUUAUGUACAGGUGAAUGGUCUACAUUUCUAUACUCUGAAUCGAAGAGGUCGCCACUAUUUCAAUCCUUACUGAACUAGGUAUGUUCACAUUUCUUCCCACUAUAGUAGUUUCACUCUCCCUUUCUAUCCUCUUUCAUCUUUUCCCCCGCUACACUUGCUCAAACCUUUUCCUCUCUCACUCACAAUUUCGUCUUUCCCCCUAUCUUGUUCCUCUUAUAUCUCUAUCUAUCUCCAACUUAUAUCUCAUAUCUCUAUCUAUAUUCCUCCUCCCCCUCCAAGGUAUGUGGUGUGAUGAUCCACUAUCACUGAAAACGUUGCCAUGGAAAGCUCCAGCCAGUCACAAGAGGUGUGCCGAAGACGUCAGACCAAUCUUCUGGGCCCAGAGACCCAAGAGCUACAUACACAGAAGCAAAGAAUGGGAUGAUUUUCCCAACGGUCGCUGGGGCAACUCGUCCUCCCCGGCGUUUGGAGAGCUGGCCGACUACCACUUGUUCUACCUGCGGACUCGCUGGAAACCGGAGCGACUGCGGGUCAUGUGGGGGGAGGAGCUGAACUGCCCCGAGGACGUGUUCCAUGUCUUUGAGUGUUACCUCACCGGCAACAGGAAUAAGAAUGGAGUCAAGGUGACCAGUCUCCCGUGGAAUGACGACGAGCUCGCCAUGGAGACGUCUCUGCUGACUCAGCAGCUGGCGGCCAUCAACCGACGCGGAGUCCUCACGAUCAACAGCCAGCCUGCCGUCAACGGCCGCAGCUCCUCUGAUCCCGUGAUCGGCUGGGGGGAGAAAGGAGGCUUCGUCUAUCAAAAGGCAUAUCUGGAGUUCUUCUGUAGUCCGUCGUUCAUGAGAGCGCUAAUGACGGUCCUGGUGGACUAUCCUCAAGUCAACUACCACAUUGUCAACAGACAGGGAACGGAAAACAUGACAAACUGCGACUCCUACCAGCCAAUAGCGGUCACCUGGGGGGUUUUCCCUGGCAUGGAGAUCAUACAACCCACGGUCGUCGACCCCGUCAGCUUCCAUAUUUGGAAGGACGAGGCCUUCAUGUUGUGGGGGACCCACUGGGCCAGUCUCUACAGCCCCGAGUCCACCUCCCACCACAUCAUCUCACACAUCCAGAACACCUACUACCUCGUCAACCUCGUCGAUAAUGACUUUGUCUCUGGAAACGUCCUCUUUCAGCUGGUGAACAAGGUACUGGACGGUAUGAGCAAAGCCAGUAGUCCCACAACUGAGACUGACCAAAACACUCUCCCUUCCUCCUCCUCCUCCUCAUCUUCAUUACUUCCUAUUGUCUAGAAUGUUUAUUGCGUGUGUGCACAUAUUGUUUACAAAUCACGUUAUUCUAGCAGCCACGCCUUGUGCUCAUUUCUCGUCUGGGUUUUUCCACCACCAGCAUUUCAUCCAACACUUUUCAAGGCCCGCUUUCGAUCGAUGACCAGAAGAAGCUCACGUGAGUCAGAGAUGGCUAUAUACUGGAGGAGGGGACCAAGUCUGGACGUGGAAGAAACAUAAGACAGUCGCCGCGAGCCGCGCAUCGCACACAGAGGAAAAUAAAAUGAUAACUAUUAGAUUAUGACUGCCCAGUGAAUGAUGAUGAUGGUAUUUUCUGAUAGGUUGAGAGAGAUGAUGUAAUUUUAGGUUUGUAUGACGUCAUCACUGGUCGUAUGCAAAAAUAUAUUUUAAAUGUUCGAUGGAGUUGAGUUAGUUAUUGAUGAUGUCAUAGUCUUUCCUCGCAGCACUCCCUCCAAGUAAAGCCGCACUCAGGAAGGUCUUUGAGAACACCAGUAACCUCAGAGGCCUCUGUGACCUUCUCUCCAUCCCUGAUGAUAAGUGGGAUGUUGAGAGUGCAGUAGAGUACUAUAUAUGUACAGAGUACAGAUCCAACGAAAAUGAGAAAGAUGAUAUUCUAUCUGGACG